AUGAGGCUGUGCGGAAUCGUCGGGCGAAUGCGGUCCAUUUUGCAUGCGCUGCUGCUGUUCCUGAAGCUGCUGUUGAAUUUGUUCCACUUGCUGCUGAAGAGCGGCAAGGGCUUCCGGGUCAACCAUAGCGGUACGAUGGAGGAGCUGCAGGAGCUGCAGGCGGAGGAGAAGAGGCUGCUCUCCAUGGAUUUUGAGGGGGGCAGCAAUAGCCCGCAGCUCAAGGAGACGGAAGAGGAGAUGCUUAUCCGUACUGGCGAGAUGACACCAUUUGGCAGCACCGUUGCGGACUCCAGCCGUUGCACUGCACAGCCCUCGACCCAUGCAGCUGCAGAGCUGGUGUGUCAGGUGCCGCCUCCCCGCAAGAGGAAGAAGAAAGAAUGCCUCGGUACAGUAACGCGGCAUCGUAUUCCGAUGGCGUCGCGCAGCAGCCAGCCAGACGAGUCGGUCAUUGAUCUCGAAGAGAGCGACCCUGAGGGGCAGUCUGACGAGGAGUACCUGCCCGAUUCCUUGGGCAGCGAGGAGGAGGAGGAGGAUGCUGGUGGCAACAUCCCUGUCAAAAAAG